AGAAAUCAUAUAAACACGCCAAGCCAAUCCACGGGGAGAAGCACAAACAACGCAUAGCUCCACUUCCCAAGCAACAACAUCGACCUGCACGGCUGCACCUGCACUGCACCCAAUCCAGAAGCUCUUGCAGUCCAGGAACAGAUCGAUCAGGAGCCUGAAUUCGUUCGGGGCCGGGCGGUUGCUGUUGAAUCAUUGGUGAAUCGAGGUGUGGCCAUGGAGGUGGAGGCGGUCAGCUGCGAGUGCUGCGGGCUGGAGGAGGAGUGCACGGGGGAGUACAUCGGCGGCGUGCGGGCCUACUUCGGGGGCAGGUGGCUGUGCGGGCUGUGCUCGGAGGCCGUCAAGUACGAGGCCGGCAAGUGCGCGGGCGCCGGCGCCGGCGACGUCGAGGAGGCCGUGCGCGCGCACAUGGCCAUCUGCCGCACGCUCAAGAGCGGCGGGCCGGCGGGGCGAGUCGCCGACGGCAUGCGCCAGAUGCUGCGCACCGCGUCCUGGAAGAAGGCGGCCGCGGCCGCCGCGGCGUCCCCGGCGCCGUCGCCGAGGGGGCACCACCGCGCCUCGCCGGUGUCCGUCGGGCUCUGAUUAUGAUCGCGCUACGAAUCGAGGCGGCGGCGCGGCGUCGUGCUUGGCUUAAUGGCUCCUGUGAGUUGCCUGCUAAGCUUCGCCACUUCCUCUCGCCUCGCUAGGGUAGGCGCUGGUGCUAGCGUUCUUCGUUAGACCGAGCGCCAUGGCCCACGGGUGUGUUGCGACUUCUAUGUAAGUUUUGAUUUUUGAACCAGUUUGUACAUACUUGUAAGGAUCGAUCAAGCCUUUGAGAUUAUGGCUUUGAUCAAUGGAGAAAUCAAAUAACUUAUAUCAAAUGAGCUGGUUGUUCUUGGAUUAAA